CCCCGCGCUCAGGGCCCCGCGCUCGGCGCGUUGUGCUGCUCGUGACUGUCGGGGGCGGCGCUGGAAGCGGCCGGCUGAUCAAUAGCGACGUCAGGCAGCCGUCAAAGCCAGCGGUCGUCGGUGAAGAAAGCGGCAGGCGGCGAGGUGAUGGAAACGCUCUGUGUGAAAAUAGCUCUCAUUUGCAUAUCUGUGGCCUCUGUCAGAUCUUAUCCACCGAAAAGCAACAUAGACCCGGCAAUUGUAUCAGCAUGGACCAGCAAAUUAGGAACAAAUUUGAUUGGUAUGGCCACAUAUGUAAGCAGAAAGGAGAGUAUUCAAGAGGCAUAUGCUGGAAAAGUUGUUGUUAGCAGAAGUGGAGAACAGCUCUUGCAAGAAAUAGCUAUGAACAUUCAAAACAUGACUGAAGCCAAAAUCAGUGCUGUUAAGCGAAUAAUGGAUACUGCUGAGGAGACAGCCAUGGCUCAUCAAGAAGAUGUUGUUGAAGAAGAUUACAAAUAUUAUAAUGCAAAAAAGUUAGCUGAAGAAACAUUUGAACCUACUCCAGAUCCAACUGUGAAAGAAAAAGAAGGAAGUGAUGAAGAUGAAGAAGAGGAAGAAGAUUUAGGAGAAGAACCAGAGGAAGAUCCUCCAAGAAAGAUUGUUAUGACAGAAAAUAAACAUUUUUUUAACAGAAAAGUUAAUACAAGUUUUAGCGUUGUUCAUGUUCCUACAAAUGUUUUUGAAGGAGCACCAGAUAUUCUUAGAGCAAUAAAAUGGUCAGAACACCUAAAUUCCAUUUUUGUAGCAAAUUACAAUUCAGAUCCAUCUCUUUCAUGGCAGUACUUUGGUAGUUCUCUGGGUUUCAUGCGUCAGUAUCCAGCUGCUCAAUGGGAACAAGUAGCAGAUGUGGUGGAUCUAUACGAUUGCCGUACAAGACCAUGGUACAUUGAAGCUGCUACAAGUCCCAAAGAUGUUGUCAUUCUUGUAGAUAAUUCUGGAUCUAUGACAGGAAUGAGAAGAGAAAUUGCACGACAUGUUGUCAAUGAUAUUUUAGAUACACUUGGCCCAAAUGAUUUUGUUAAUGUAUUCAAUUUCUCUGACAACAGCACCAAUGUAGUUCCAUGUUUUGGAAAUGGACUUGUGCAGGCUACUUUGGAAAAUGUUAGAGAAUUGAAACUGGGAAUGGAAGACUUAUACACAGAUAAAAUUGCUAACUUUUCCGAGGCUUUGACUAAGGCUUUCCUUUUACUGCAAGAUUAUCGAACUAGGCAUGAAGGAGCUGCAUGUAAUCAAGCAAUCAUGCUUGUUACUGAUGGAGUACCAUAUAAUUACAAAGAAAUAUUUAGAACAUACAAUUGGCAAGAUCUUCCAAGAAUGCCAGUGCGAGUUUUCACAUACUUGAUUGGUCGAGAAGUUGCAGAUGUAAGAGAAGUGAAAUGGAUGGCUUGUGCAAAUCAAGGUUUUUUUGUUCAUUUGAGUACAUUGUCAGAAGUAAAAGAAAAAGUUUUAGAGUAUAUUCCUGUCAUGGCUCGUCCACUUGUGCUACAAAAAAAUGAACAUCCAGUCAUUUGGACAUCUGUAUAUGCUGAUGUUGCAGAUCCAAAAAUGACAGAUUGGCUAUGGGACAGUAAGGAAAGUGAAGAACAAAAAGAGAUAUUUUUACAUUCACGUAAAAUGAAUAUUCGUCAUGCAAGCCCAGAAGAACAAAUUCAGAAAUAUCUUCAGAGAAGGAUGGCUAAUAUUGACGAAGAUAUCACUCUAAGUAAUUACCAACUAAUGACAUCUGUCUCAGUGCCUGUGUAUGACAGAAGAGAAAAUGCUACAAGAAUAGCAAAUAUUCUUGGUGUAGCUGGUACUGAUGUUCCAGUAAAGGAUAUUCAAGAAUUAAUGAUGCCACAUAAGCUUGGAGUGAAUUCAUAUGCCUUCUUGGUGACAAAUAACGGCCAUAUUGUUAUUCAUCCUGACUUUCGGCCUGUAUUUCAAGGCAUACUAAAACCAAGUUACAACAGUGUUGAUAUGUCAGAAAUAGAAUUGCUUGAUGAUGAUUUGGAAGCAAGAGAAGAAAGUGAAGAGAUGGACAGUUUUCGUGAUGCAGUUAUAACUCAGACCAGAGGAAAUAGGACUCUGAGAGUAAAGUAUCAUUAUGACAAAAUGAAACGUGCCUCUACAGCCACAAGAAAAUAUUUCUUUUGUGGAAUAGAAAAUACUCCAUUUACACUUGUGAUUUCACUUCCUCUACCGUAUGGUCAGUAUGGGAUCGAUGCAAAAGAGGAAACAAGCCGUCAUCGAACUGAAGGAAAAAACCUUCUUGAACCCUUCAGUGACAAAAAUUGGAAAAUUCAUCCAGAUUGGACAUAUUGCCGAUAUCAUUUUCCUCUUCAAACUUUUGACACUCCUGAAGCAGAGUUCAUACAUUUUCUGAAUAAAGCACUGGGUCCUGGAUGGCAUUGGCUCUCAAAACGCACAGGCACCCCGCCGGAGUAUAUGGAGCAGUCUCCCACUCAAGGGAAAAAAGACAAAUUGGAUGAGACAACAUACUUCUGUGAUCGAGACCUUUUUCUGUCAUUAGUAUUUGAUGGUAAGGCCACAGCAUCCUUUCCAAAAAAUACUACUGCUGACUCUCAUAAGGAUGGUACUGGUGAUGUGUAAGUAUCUUUAUUGAUACUAAUCAUUCUACUUCAACUGUUUUUGCUGAGCUAAAUAUUUUUAAUUAAAGAUUCUUUCAUUCAUUAACCUUUUCCACACAUACAUUUCCAUGAAGAAUAUUGCAUAUACAUUUUCAUUGCUUGUAUUGAAGGAAACAUAUCUUGAUAAUAAUCAUACAAACUGGUCAUUUAAACUGUUUUGCUAUCCACUAUUUGUUACAAGAGGGAAUUCAUUUCUAGAUAAUAUUAAAUUCUAAUCAAUUCCAUGAUUUUUAUUAUUUCAUUUUCAAAAGCCCCAUAGCCGGUACACUGAUGUUACUCUUACCAAGGUAAAGUAAGAGCUUUUGUUUUGACACAAGCAUGAAUACGUUUAUCAAAAUCAUUUGUGGAUUUGAGGCAUGAUUACGAAUUUCAGUGAAAUAGACAAUAAAGGUGAUAUUAGAAAAUAUACUUUAAAUUAGGACUGGAUGCACAAAAAAGGUAUUUUUAAUUAUAAUAGAAUAAUUUUAUUACAUCAUUAUUGUUUCAAGUAAAUAUAAUACAUAUUUGCAUGCACAAAAUAUUUGGGCAAACUCUUUACAAGAUCCAUUUAAAACAGUUCUCUUUCAAUAUUAAUAUUAUAGUAAUAUUAACAAAAAUGAUAUCUGAACAACAGCUGCAAAGUUUUGCCAGUUUUGUAUUCCAGUCCUGAUUUGUGAGAAAUUCUUGUUUACUGUAAAAUUUAGAAAUCAUUGUAAUUUGUUGUUGAUAAAAUGAUUCUUUUAGAAUAUUUUAACAGUACCAUAUUUUAUUUCAUUUUGAGUAUCUUUCGUAGAAUGCUAUAAAAUAUUAACAAAAUUAACAAUGUGUUUUAAUUUUAUAUUACUCAUUUUGUAAUGUACUGUGACAUGUUGAUUGGUAACUGGAAAAAAAAAAAUGACUAAGAAUGUGAAAAACAAAUACUAGGAUUUAUAAUUCAUGACCAGGCCUGGAUUUUAAGUACUAGAAAUCCUUAGCCCAGUGAACUUUAAAUCUCUUCAUUCAAAAAUUCACCCAAACUGCACAUGCAACUUUAUGAUAAAGACAUAAAUGAGUGUAAUUAUCAUUAAAGGAUCAAAUAUUAGACUUCAAUCCCAGUGAUAAUAUUUUGGUGAUACUGUUUAAUAUAUUUUGUACAUACAGUCUAACCAAUGUAUCAGUGCAUCUGUGUGUGUAUAUCUUAAUGUUAUGUGGCAUUCACAGGCAUAGACCAUGUAAAAUAUGUCUAAUUACCGGUACCUGUCAUGGCACAGAAGCAGCCUAUAUGGUUUUGAAAACCAUUGAAACAUUAUUGAGUUUUUCUUUCUGACUACAAAUUUGUUUGUGUCUGCUACAUGACAGAAAAAUAUUGCUAUUGAAAAAUUGAUAAUUUUUGUAAUCUCUUUAAAAAAGAAUGAAGAAGUGUAUGGUAUUGCAAUAUUUGAUGCAUUUGAUUUUAAGGGAAAGAUACCUAAUCAUUCAAUUACAUUGCUUCAAGAGUUGAGUUGAUUUGAAUCAGAAUUCAUUGAUGUCUUUUCUGUCCCCUAAAAUUUGAUACAUAGAGCCGAUACAUAGAGCCAAUACAUAAAUCUGGGCUUGUUAAAUGUAGAUUUGUGAACCCUGUCUCUGUUGUCAAGAAGUCAGUUUUGAAAAUGUGUUGAUUUUAAAUGGUUGUUUUAUUUUCAGCUUAUAUUUAACAAUCCAUUUCGUGAUUCUUAGUGCUGUAGUCAAGAUUUCCUUGUGAACUAGUAGUGAUGCAUUCUUAAACUACACCUAAUUAUUUUUCUUCUAAAAUGUCUGUCUUCCUCCAGU